GGGAUAUUCCCCCGCGCCCAGCGACAUCCCGUCUGGCCGAUCCUGGCCCUUCGCUGCCAUUGGAGUAAGGAGGCAGGAUCGAGACCUGGCUGGAUUAGCACCAUAAUCAAUUGGUACUGAGUUGCUGGAGAAGUCACAUUGGUUAUUCACGAGAGACUCAUCCCAACCAAAACUCUCCAGCUGAAAAAGGGGGAGUUGCUUGGACUAAUGUUCUUGGCUUGACUCCACGAAUAACAGGGAUACUAGUAAAAAAAUAAAAAGGGGGAAAAAAAAAAUCCCCAAACCCACUCUAUCCGGUGUAAGGUCAGUGUACUUUCUUCUGAAAUGCGUGCGGGAGAGACGGCACCUACAACUUUUCCAGCUUGAUCGAUUUCUAAAACUCUGUAGGGACCUCCUACUCUGUGUGCCCUUGUAUUUUAUGUACUUUGCUCACUUUUUGGGAGCUCUGCUGAUUCAUUUUAGUGAAGGAAAGACAUUUGUUAAUAGAAGCAGCAAAAUGUGGGGAUUUCGAAAGACCUCGCUAAGAGCAAAUGUUCCCAAUUCGUGCAGAUUGCAAAAUGGGCUGAGACUGAAACACUGUGCGGCACUAAAACAAUGCUGCUGUGCAGCCACGCUGGGAACUGCUGGCUCCGGCAGGCGCGGAACGGCCGCUGCCAGGUCCUCUACAAAACCGACCUCAGCAAGGAGGAGUGCUGCAAGACCGGCCGCCUGACGACUUCGUGGACGGAGGAGGACGUCAACGACAACACGCUUUUUAAGUGGAUGAUUUUUAAUGGGGGAGCUCCAAACUGCAUCCCGUGCAAAGAAACAUGCGAGAACGUGGACUGUGGACCCGGGAAGAAAUGUAAAAUGAACAAGAAGAACAAACCUCGGUGUGUUUGUGCUCCGGAUUGCUCUAAUAUCACUUGGAAGGGUCCCGUGUGUGGCUUAGAUGGGAAAACCUACAGGAACGAGUGUGCCCUUCUCAAAGCCAGAUGUAAAGAACAGCCCGAACUUGAAGUCCAGUAUCAGGGCAAAUGCAAAAAGACCUGUAGGGAUGUCUUAUGCCCCGGCAGCUCCACGUGUGUGGUUGACCAAACUAACAACGCCUACUGUGUGACAUGUAAUCGAAUUUGCCCAGAGCCUACCUCCCCUGAACAGUAUCUAUGCGGGAAUGAUGGCAUCACUUACGCCAGCGCCUGCCACCUGAGGAAAGCUACUUGUCUACUGGGCAGAUCCAUUGGAUUAGCCUAUGAAGGAAAAUGCAUCAAAGCCAAAUCCUGUGAAGACAUUCAGUGCAGUGCUGGGAAGAAAUGCCUGUGGGAUUUUAAGGUUGGCAGAGGUCGGUGCGCCCUCUGCGAUGAGCUCUGCCCUGAAAGCAAGUCAGACGAGGCAGUCUGUGCCAGCGAUAACACCACUUACCCAAGUGAGUGUGCCAUGAAAGAGGCAGCCUGCUCCAUGGGUGUGCUUCUAGAAGUAAAGCACUCUGGAUCUUGCAACUCCAUUAAUGAAGACCCAGAGGACGAAGACGAAGAUGAAGACCAGGACUACAGCUUUCCUAUAUCUUCCAUUCUAGAGUGGUAAAAGCUCCAUCACUUAUUGGAACAGCCAUUGGGCACAAAAUCAAUGUCCAUACUGUACAUAAGUGUAUGCCUAUUUAUUUUGGGGAGAAAAAAAAAAAAGUAUACAUAUAGUUGAGUCUCGUAGACAUUUAUUUAUACUGUGUCAUGUUUUAUAAUUUAUACAUAAAAUGUCUGGUUGACUGUACACCUUGUUUUUUGAAGAAAUUUAUUCGUUACGGGAAGAGCAGUGUUAUUUAUUGUGAGGUCUCUUGCUUGUAAAGUAAAGCUUUUCUUUUUUCUUGCAAACUAUAAAAGUCCAUUCCUUAGAGCUUACCCACAUGAUCUCAUCUGUUUCACUGAUGUUAACUCUUUUCCACUUUAACAAACUUGCAUGUUGGUUUCUAUUAUGUUUAUUUAUUGGAUUUUCUUCUUGCCGGUUCUGUACGUAAAAGCUCCUCGGGUUUUUGUUUACAAGGAAUCUUGACUGACCAAAAGGCGUUGUAACUGACUUAAGUAUACUUCCAGGGUGCAGUGAGGCAAUCUUUAAGGAAACUUCUUCCACUUCGCUUUCCUUUACUGAUCACAUCAUGUACUGAAGUGAUCUCAAUGUUCUGAGCAUUUAUACUGUACUAUACAAAUUCCAGACCCAAAGAAAUCGGAUUAUGAAGGUUGUUAACUACAGGGCUUACUGUAAUAAGAAUAAAGGUUUUAUUUUAUUUUUA